AUGGCGGAAACGUUCUCGAGCGGCGAGGCACGAUAUUGGCCCAUCUACAGUAGCAACACCACCGAUAGCAACAGCCCCUACGCAUCUCUUCUCCGCCUUGUCCGAUCUCAUUCACCAACCUCCUCACAGCUAUUUGCUUACCUCGCUCUCUUCAUCUCUAGCGGAAUCCUCCUCUUCCUCCUCGGUGUAACCGUGACCGCGGCCGUGCUCGGCUUCAUUGUGUUUCUUCCGCUGAUUAUCAUCUCGAGUCCGAUCUGGAUUCCCGUUUUUGUCGUCGUUGGUGGGUUCUUAACAGUCACCGGUUUUCUUGUCGGAACGGUGACCGUGGUAUCGUGGACGUACCGUUAUUUCCGAGGAAUGCACCCGGUUGGAUCGGAUCAAAUGGAUUAUGCACGUAGUCGGAUCUAUGACACGGCUUCUCACGUCAAAGAUUACGCUAGAGAGUACGGUGGAUAUUUCCACGGCAGGGCUAAAGAUGCGGCCCCGGGUGCUUGA